UGAAAAUCAGUCAAUUUGGCUUUCCAGUGUUAUUCAGCACUCAAAUAAGCAAAUAUUGGAUCCUUUCAGCCUCAGAAUCUCUGAUAUUAUUGUACUUUUGUCUUAUUCAUUAUAACAUUAAAAGACAUCGUUUUUAUUUGUAUAAGCUUCCUUAGAAUGGCUUUGAAUGUUCUGGGAAAUGAUGGUGCGCAAGAGAUUUCGCACGUUGAAGACGAUAAAAAUGGAGAGUCUAGACUGGUGGAUAUCGACGAUCGUGAAGAAUACUUUGUCAAACCCUUGUACACUUACUACUGCAACUGUGGACAAAUGGCUAUGAUUAGUGAUUGCCUUCUUAUUCGUAUGCCUCUUCGUAAACGCGAUGGUGCGCGUGUCAUUGAUCCUGAUAGAACAACGGCAAAGAUCUUCUCAAAUCCAGGCGAUACUGUUUAUGUGCAGAGGAAAGAAGGGCUCGAGCAACAAUAUCGUAAAAAAUGUAAAGGUUGCGGUGUUCCUUUGUUUUACCAGCAUCCAUCGAACUUGAAGCUCCUUUUUGUAUUUCGCGAAGCUUUGCUGUCGGCCCAGGAAGUGGGAGGCUUCAGCGGGGCGAAUGAAGAACAGAGGGCAAAAAAGAUUAUCAUGAAGAGAAAUGUGAAAAAUCAAGGUAAAAUGGGUUCGGUAACUGUAUCGACUAUGGAAGGCGAAGAGGAGGAUGAAAUUGAAGCGCGCGAAACAGCUGAAUCAUAUUCCAUGAAUGCCCGGAUAGUUCGUGAUGCUUUGAAGAGGAAAGGAAUGAUUAAAGACAAAUUACUGGGACGAGAAGUUUCGGAAGGUCCAGCGUCUAAGAAGAGAGGGACCCUGCUGUGAUAUAUGUAUUCAGAUCCAGAACUUGUUGUCAGUGUAUGAUUUAUGAUGUACAUACUUGUUAUAAAGUUCAAAAGUUGUAAAAUGUUAUCUGUUUGGGCACUUGGGACCCGCAUCGUGGGAGUUUUGAUUCAGUGAUCUCACAAAUUUGCUUGAUAAUUUCAAUAAAAUGUUGGAUU